UAGAGGGAAGCUGGCGAAUAAGUCACCACCACUGUGUUCGUUCAUUGAGGAUGGUUUUGACUAUGUUACAACAUCGAUAUUGAAUUGUAAGUUUCUGUAAUGAGCUUUUUUUGUCAAUUAAUUCAACUGUUUUGUGGAGUUUUGAGAUUAUGAUAAGAUGUAUAUGAAGGUGGAUGAGAAGCUGUAUGAGAUAGAAGUAGUGGAAGAGGAAUGGCGAUCGGAUUCGGAUUGGUGGCUGUCGGAAGAAGACCGGCAAAGUUCGAUGGCCACCCUAUCAGAAACCUCUUCAAUAGUGCAGCAGGUAAUAGCAUGCAAUAAUCAUGCUAAUUUUGACUUGCCGCGGGAAGUUGGAGAAGUUAAUGGGCAUGAUUUAGGUGAGGAGAGUGGUGAGGAGAAUGGGCUGGUAGGGAGUGAUGUUCCUAAUGGGUUGGAGGAGAGUAGUGGGUUUAUUGAAGGCCAAACAAAUGAGGUAAUUAAAGAUAAAGAGGAAGGGUCCAUGGGAGAUGAUCUAGAGGAUUCCAGCACAACACAAAAAGAAAAAUCUAGAGAUGGGACGGGUAAAAGAAGAAGAAAAAUUGCAGAUUGCUACCUAAAGGAGUUGAUCGAAAUCUGGAAAGAAAGGGUGGACUGGGUCACUGCACGGAUAAAGCAAAGGAAAAUAAAGAGGAGAUUGAAUCUAGACUACUUGAGCUGGAGGAACGGGAUGAGAGGAAGAGGCAACAUUCGUGAGGUGUGGGUGGGUGUGGGUAAUGCGGUUGUGGGGGCUUCAGGAGGAUUGCUCUGUGUGUGGGAUAGGAUGAAUUUUAGUAAGCUGGGACAAUUUACAGAGGAUGGUUAUUUGGGAAUAAAAGGGCUUUGGGGAGUGAAGAAGGAAGUUUGUUGUCUUGUGAGUGUUUAUGCUCCAAAUGAUAGAAAGAAAAAAGCUGAGUUAUGGGAUGAGUUGAGUAUUGAAGAAAGGAGGGGUAGAAUAGGGGAGAGUCCAGAUAUAAAGGAGUUUAAUGAUUUUAUAGAGGUAGUGGGCUUGGUAGAUCAUAAAUUGGCGAAUCGAAGGUUCACUUGGUAUAGACCAGAUGGCACAUCUAUGAGCCGAUUGGAUAAGGUAUUGAUGACAAGUGAGAUGACAAAAUUGGGUGGAGAAUGGGUGCAGCAAGGUUUAAAGAGAACUAUUUCAGAUCAUUGUGCGAUUGUUAUGAAAACCAAAACAACACAUUGGGGUCCUAAACCAUUUAGGGUGCUUGAUGUUUGGCAACAACAUCCAGAAUUUAAGACAGUGGUUGAGGAAAAGUGGAAUGAGAUGGCUGUGGAUGGGUUUGCAGGUUAUAGGGUAGCAGCUAAAGUUGAACGUGUGGACAUGAAGAAUGAAGAAUUUACACUGGAAGAAGAUGAGGUACAUGAAAGACAAGAGGGCUUUCAGGAGAUAUGGGACAUUAUGAGGAAGAGGGAAGCUUUAUGGAAGCAGAAGUCAAGAAGGCUCUCAUGUGAUGGACAAUGGCUGGAGGAGCUAGAGUUGGUAAAGAAGGCAACUGUUGAUUAUUUUCAAAAGCUGUUUUGUGGAGAAUCAUGGAAUCGUCCAAAACCUUCUGGUAUUAUUUUCAAGCAGAUAAAUGAGGAGAUGAGAGUAUGCUUGAAGCAAGAUUUUGUGAGUUUCUUUAGGGAGUUUCAUCAACAUGGCAGGUUUGGUUUUGGAUUACGAUGGAGAGGAUGGAUAAAGGACUGUCUUUCAAUAGCCAGAAUCUCAAUGUUAGUGAAUGGGAGCGCAGCCGAGGAGUUUAUGAUGGGAAAAGGAUUAAGACAAGGGGAUCCUUUAUCCCCUUUUCUUUUUCUGAUGAUUGCCGAGGGGUUACAUGGCAUAGUAAAAAAAGCUGAGACAGAGGGAUUGAUACAUGGAAUCGAUGUGGGUAGCAAGGGAUUGACUACCUCAUUGCUCCAAUUUGCAGAUGAUACGGUUAUUUUGGGAAAAGCAAAUGGUGAGAAUAUUUUUACUGUGCAAACCAUUUUACGGUGGUUUGAGUUGAUGUCUGGACUACGAAUUAAUUUUCGUAAAAGUAGUAUUGUUGAAUUUAAUGUGGCACAAAGGUGGUUAAAUGGAGCAACAACUGUUUUGAGAGGCGUUGGGGAGCUACCUUUUGUGCACUUGGGAAUGCCUGUGGAUGGAAAUCCUAGGACUAAGAAGUUGUGGGACCUAGUUUUGAAUAAAUUUCGAACCAAGCUUGCCAUCUGGAAAUCUGCUCUGCUGUCCUUUGGUAGUCGCAUCACUCUGCUUAAUUCGAGAUGGAAUAUUGAAUGGAGAAGAGGGAGGUUGGGUCGAGAAAGCGGUGAGGAGGUGGUGCUAUGGGAGGUGCUAAGCAGAGUACAAAUCAUGGAAGGCAUUGAAGAUUGCUGGAAGUGGAUGCAUGAUGCAGAAAGGAGGUAUGCAGUGAAGAAGGCUUAUGAGUUUCUAUCACCAAUGGAGUUCAUUCUUCCUGAUCAAAUUUUGGGAGGGGUGAUGGAGUUUUUCUUGUAUGAAUUGGGAGGUAUGGUAGGGAGUGAGCUAGGGGCCUGUCUUUUCCUUGUUGGGGCUUGGUAUAUUUGGUAUUGGAGGAAUAUUAGAGUUUUCCAGAACAAAGGGGAGUGUAAGGACGGUUUGCUCCAUAUGAUUCAGUCUAAAACGUUUUUAUGGAUUAAAAAUAAGGUGGCUGGUAGUGUCUUCUUGAUAUUUCAUUGGAAAUUUAAUCCACUGGAAUGUGCUGUUGCCAUAAGGAAGCAUAGAAGACUGUUGAGGGCAUUCCAUAAGUGUAAAAAUGGAGAGCAUGCUGAGUAGUGUGAUUGGACUGAUUUGUUUUACAUGUUUCUUGGGAAUACUUUACAUUAGUUAGACUAUUUUAACAAUUUUGUAUUUGGGUUGGAGUACCCUUUGUACUCUAUAUAAUCAAAUCUCAUUUUUUGCUAAUAAAAAAAAAAAUGAUAAGAUGUAUCUGUAUUUGAGUACCAUUUGUACCUUACUUUUAAUAAAAUUUAUUUGUUGAU